AUGGCGCCCGCCGAGGAAUCCAAGCCGGUCGACCCCGUCGUCGAACAGACGGACGCCCAGCUCAAGGGCAAGCAGCCCGCCGUCGAAUCCGAGUCCGAGGAGGAAGACGACCAUGCGCCCGACACCGCCGAAGCUGCGCCCGGGGCCUCGUCCAGCUCCGGGAAGAAGAAGAAGAAGUCCAAGAGGAAGAAGGCAAAGGAGCUCCUGAGUGGCAAGUCCGGCGACCAGGAGUCCGACAUCAAGAAGGCCAUAGGCGGCUUGACCCCACAGGGGCUCAAGGAGCUGCUGUCCCUGAACCCGGCGCUGGCGCAUGGCAUCGCCGAGGCGUCUGGGACUGCGAACCCGUCCGCGGACCAAGCCGCCAACGAGCUGAAGAAGAUGUCGCUGCAGGAGAUCAUGACCGGGCUGGCGGCGGGAGGCAAGAACGUCAAGGACAUGGGAGCCUACAAAUUCUGGCAGACCCAGCCCGUACCGCGGUUCGAUGAGAAGGAGAAGUUCGAAGACGGCCCUAUCAAGAUCCAGACGGUCGAGGACGUAUCCAAAGAACCAGCGGCCCUGGUCCCUGGAUUCGAGUGGGUGGUAGUGGAUUUGACGAGCGACGAGGAGAUCAAGGAGGUGUAUGAGUUGUUGAAUGGUCACUAUGUUGAGGACGACGAGGCCAUGUUCCGUUUCAAUUACUCUCCCGCUUUCCUUCGGUGGGCUAUGAUGGCUCCAGGAUGGCAAAAAAGGUACCAUGUUGGCGUCCGCGCCUCGCAGUCCCGCAAGCUCGUUGCUUUCAUCUCUGCUAUUCCUCAGCACAUCCGCGUUCGCGACAAAGUGAUCCUCUGCUCCGAGGUCAACUUCCUCUGUGUCCACAAGAAGCUGCGCGGAAAGCGCCUAGCUCCUGUCCUCAUCAAGGAGAUCACUCGUAUUAGCAACCUCGACGGCAUCUGGCAAGGCGUGCACACUGCAGGAAUCGUCCUCCCCCGCCCUGUCACAACUUGUCGCUACUUCCACCGCGCCCUCAACUGGCAGAAGCUCUAUGAAUGUGGUUUCAGCCCCCUGCCCGCGGGAAGCAAACCGCAAUACCAAAUCCGCAAGUAUGCACUGCCUGACAGCCCAUCAACCAAGGGCCUAAGAGCUAUGGAGGAGAAGGACAUGGACGCCGUGAUAGAGCUCUUUGGCCGAUACAUAGCCAAGUUUGAUCUCGCACCGCAAUUCUCGAGGGAGGAAAUGUUCCACUGGUUCUUGCCCAAGCGCGAAUCGGAUGCGGAUCAGGUCAUUUGGACAUACGUUGUUGAGGACAAGGAUGGUAAAAUCACCGACUUCUUCUCCUUCAACUGCAUUGAAUCUUCCGUCAUCAGGAACUCGAGACACGAAGUCAUUCGAGUUGCCUACCUCUUCUACUACGCAUCGGAGAGUGCCCUCACAGAAACCUAUGACCGUGACGCGCACAAGACACGCCUCAACGACCUUAUGCACGAUGCGCUCAUCUUGGCCAAGAACGCCAAGUUCGACGUCUUUAAUGCUCUGUCCCUCAUGCACAACGGGCUGUUCCUGGAACAGCAGAAGUUCGGCGCUGGCGACGGCCAGUUACAUUACUACUUAUUCAACUACCGUGCCAACCAUAUUGCCGGGGGCGUGGACCGCAAGAACCUACUCGACACUGAAAACCUAAGUGGAGUUGGUCUAGUGAUGCUGUGA